AAUGACGUUAGCGAAGCGCUCGCCUCUGGGCCCGCCUUCGGGGCCCGGAUCUCAAACAGCCGGGAAGAAGCACCGUGGCUGCUACCAUCUGCUCUCCGCGCCUGACCCCUCCCAGGACUCGUGAUGCCAAGGCCGCUGCGAGCGGCUACGAAGAGUCGGGGUUGAGCCCCAGCUGAGCCGAGGGCUCGCACUCUUCUGGUCUCCCAGGCCCAACCCACCUGAAGAAAUGAGCGGUGGAUUGGCUCCAAGUAAGAGCACAGUGUAUGUAUCCAACUUGCCUUUUUCCCUGACAAACAAUGACUUGUACCGGAUAUUUUCCAAGUAUGGCAAAGUUGUAAAGGUUACCAUAAUGAAAGAUAAAGAUACCAGGAAGAGUAAAGGGGUUGCAUUUAUUUUAUUUUUGGAUAAAGACUCUGCACAAAACUGUACCAGGGCAAUAAACAACAAACAGUUAUUUGGUAGAGUGAUAAAAGCAAGCAUUGCUAUUGACAAUGGAAGAGCAGCUGAGUUCAUCCGAAGGCGAAACUACUUUGAUAAAUCUAAGUGUUAUGAAUGUGGGGAAAGUGGACACUUAAGUUAUGCCUGUCCGAAAAAUAUGCUUGGAGAACGUGAGCCUCCAAAGAAGAAAGAAAAAAAGAAAAAAAAGAAAGCUCCUGAACCAGAAGAAGAAAUUGAGGAAGUAGAAGAAAGUGAAGAUGAAGGGGAGGAUCCUGCUCUUGACAGCCUCAGUCAGGCCAUAGCAUUCCAGCAAGCCAAAAUUGAAGAAGAACAAAAAAAAUGGAAACCCAGUUCAGGACUCCCCUCAACAUCAGAUGAUUCAAGACGCCCAAGGAUAAAGAAAAGCACAUAUUUCAGUGAUGAGGAAGAACUUAGUGAUUAAAAUCUUGCCCCAGCACAGUAAUAAAAAUCAAGAUUUGUUAGUAACAAUCUUGAAGAGCUAAUUUUAAUAAAAAUAAGAAAAAUUAAUACUAUCAUGUUAAUACUAUUAUUGUCAUCCCAAGAAAAAAGAUAUUUUAAAAAUUUAUUUGAAAAGUUCAUUAUAAGGGCUUUAUUCAUGCCUGAUUUGUUUACAUGAGGACUUCUGAAAUUAAUCCUUAAAACAAACUUCCUGAAGACCGAAAAGUUGAAUGAUUUAUUGUUACUUAUGUUAAUAAACUUUUCAAGAGAAUUUUGUCUUUAAA